UCUUCAUUUUCUUGCAACGAGAGAAGAGAAGCGAAGAGAAGAGAGAACCGAAAGAAAAGGUGAUGUCUUCGACACCCUCAAAUGGUUUAGACGAAGGCAUCACACCAAUGUCAAUGUCCGCACAAACGCAAGAUCCACCCUCAAAACCUAUUCCCAGUUCCAAUCCCAUUCCUACCCACAACAAUGCCGCUCCUCCUCCUCCUCCUCCUCCUCCUCCCCAGACAGCGUCGGAGACGUUUGGGAACAUGAGGGCUGGGACCCACCACAGGAGGGCACAUUCGGAGGUCAGCUUCAGGCUGCCCGAAGAUAUGGCGGAUCUCUCGCCUUCCGAUCCGGUCAACGGCGGCGGAGGAGGCGGAGGUGGGUCGUCCACGGCCAGCCUUGAGGAAAUGGGAUCGGAGGACGACCUUUUCUCCACCUACAUUGACGUCGACAAACUUGGUACGGAUCAGAGUGGCGGUGAGGGCAAUGGAGGAGAGAGGAGUGGGAAUCGGACGAGGCAUAGGCAUAGCAGCUCCGUCGAUGGGUCCUCCACUACGACUUCGUCCGCCGGUGUUUUUGGGGAGAUUAUGGAGGCCAAGAAGGCCAUGCCUCCUGAUAAGCUUGCGGAGCUCUGGAGCCUCGAUCCUAAGCGUGCCAAAAGGAUAUUAGCAAAUCGCCAGUCUGCUGCCCGCUCAAAAGAGAGAAAGGCCCGUUAUAUACUAGAACUUGAGCGCAAGGUUCAGACCCUUCAGACAGAGGCCACCACUCUUUCUGCCCAACUCACACUAUUCCAGAGGGACACAACUGGUUUGAGUACCGAAAACACAGAGCUUAAGCUUCGCUUACAAGCUAUGGAGCAACAGGCUCAGUUGCGUGACGCUCUGAAUGAAGCACUGAAGAAGGAAGUUGAGAGGCUCAAGGUUGUCACUGGGGAAUUAAUGAGCCCUUCAGAGUCAUUUAACUUGGGAAUGCACCAAAUGCCAUACACCCCAUCAACAUUUUUCCCAAUUCCACAACAACCAGGAGCUGCUGGCCACCAGAACAUGCAAUUUCCAUUCAAUCACCCCCAAUCUAGCAUGUCAACUCACCAAUUGCAUCAAUCAAAUUCCCAUCCACUCUCAGAAAUGAUGCAGAAUGACCCCCUUGGCCGAUUGCAGGGGCUUGACAUUAGUGGCAAAGGACCAUCUCUUGUGAAGUCUGAAGGCCCCUCGCUUUCUGUGAGUGGAAGUAACUCCACAUUUUGAUACAAACUGGCUGCUAAGCUGCUGACCUGCUGACUUGUUUAUGGCCCGCCUUUCUCUUAGAUUGUUUAUAGACUUCACAUCUAGUUAUCUAGAGCUAGAGAAGGUACUCUACUAUUCUAUUAUUUAUUCCAUUGGUGUUAUGGAUUGGUUAUUUGUUGUUUAUUCUUAGGGUUGUGCCCCAAAAAGGGGUAUCUCCCUCAGGUUAGUUGCUAUGUUCAUUCCAUUCAUUCAGAAUGGGAUCGAAAGGUCAAUCCCAUUGGAUGCUGGGAUGCUGCCAUGAUGUCAUCCUUGUCCUUUAUAUCUGGUUUAAAGUUGAUACCAUGCAAACUUUGUCACCAA